AUGGACCUGCCUUCUUCGCCGGUUUCGGGUGGUUCAAGUCCAUGGGAGCUGGCAGACUCCUUGUCUGGUUCAGAUGGUGGAUCCGUGAGAGAAACUGGGGCCGGGGAUCCUGCAGUGGCUCCCAAGGUUUGGUGGGCCCAGAAGCUGAUGAUGCACACAGCCACUUUAGGCUUGAUGACGCCUACUUUGCAGAAUCCUGUGACGUGCGUUUCUGCUUGCACUGGAAGCUUUGCAGAGGGAUUUGUCUUUGAGGAGUUGGACAUUCCCUACACCUGCCUUGGGAUGUCCGAGAAGUGCAAGCCAUUCCAACGAUUCCUUCAGAAAAAUUUCACCCCGAAGCACUUGCACGAGAGCAUCUCUGAGCAGGCAGAAGGCAGUGGGUGCCUCCUGCACCCCAAUGAGAAAUGUGAGAUGCCAAGAGAGCCAGACUUCUUGUGCAUGGGAACGCCUUCCAAUCCCUAUUCCCGCACUCGCCCAAAGCGAUUCCUAUGUGGGUCAGUGAAGGAGCACGUGAGUUAUCAGACAACGUUUGAAGAUGCGUACUCCAUGCUCACAAAACUGGAGCCGCGGACGGCCGUGAUGGAACAGGUAGAUGGCUUCGACCUGCCUUUCAGCAUGACAGAACAGGAGUCGCCAAAGCAGAGGUUCUUGGAAGGCUUGGCAGACUGCCAGUGGACGUAUGGUGGGUACUGGAUUGCGACCCUUCGCCUCUCUGCAAAAAUUUGGCUGAAGAUCAACCGAGAGAGGCUGUAUAUGGUGUUCUUCAGAAAGGACACUUUCACAAAAGACGAUGUCAAAUCCUUCGUGCGCCUUGUGACCGAGAUCACAAAUUUGCAGAAGCAAGAGGCACCUAAAUCUUUGGAAUCACUCAUGCUCUCAGAGGACCACGAGAUCUUCAAGACUCAGAUGCGUUCAGACGAGGUCAAGGCUCUUGCUGCUGACCAGUUACAAGGAAGAGCUGAGGGAGAACAGAAGUGGCAGCAACAGAUUGCCACAUGGAGGCAAGAUUUGAAAGUACCACUGGGUUUUCGACCGUUUGACAAACUUCGUAGACCUAUCCAGGGCAUAAGUUUGAAUGCCCGAAUCAGUGCAAUUUUGAAUAUGGUGACAGCUGAAAAGAUAGGUGGAGACAAAAGAAAAAGCAAAGAUGAAAUUUUGUCAGCCGUUUCAUGUACAGUGGUAGAUGUGUCACAGAACCCCAUGAGACGGAACUAUACUCCGUCUCACGGGACGAACCACACAAUGUGUACAAGUUCUGUCCUUGUACAUUUAGGCAAAUUUCGAACAGUGGUUCCAGCUGAAAUGAUGCUGUGGCAGGGCCACAACAUCUCCAGGCUGACUUACCCCGACUCUGAGAGCAACCGGACAUGGCGCUCCCUUGCAGGUGAAGGCAUGGCACUGCCAUCCAUUGGCACUGUUAUUUAG